GCAACCCCAGAAUCUGCUGGUAGGGGCGAGGACAGAGGGCGCAGGAUGGGCAGAUUCUGGAAGACCCCCGGUCAACUCUCUCUUCUCGCAGCUCUGGUCCCAAGGCUGGUGCAGGCCCAACCCCUGGCCCAGCGGAAGUCGUGGCUGGUGGGGCUAGGGGCUGCGCUGGCCUUGCUCUUCCUCAUCUUUGUCCUCACCUUGGUCUAUGCCGUCUGGUGCCGGGAGUCCCAGGACAGCAGUGAAGAGAAGGAAGAGGAGACUGUGAGAAAGGAAAAGGGAGACGACGACUGGGGGCUGGAACUGGAGGAGACAGAGGGGCCUCCGAACCAUGAAGCAACGGCAAGUUCCUCCACAUGAAGUCUUCCCACUUAUCUCCUCCAGGCAGUCCUCCAGGGAUGCCCCAAUGCCUUCUCCACACCCUGUCAGCAAAGGACAUGGUCUUGAGGCCAGUAAGAUGACUCUCUGGGAUUCAGAGGUCUCAGAACCUGCCCCAAAUCCCUCUCAGAGGGCUCUCUGUGUGUUACCUAGUGGUUCUGUACCCCUUCCCAAGCUUGGUCUCCACCUGAUGAUUCUUCUUGAGCUUGGAGGGCACCCCUGGAGAAGGNCCCCCCCCCCCCCCACUGUCUCAUGUCUCUUAACCCAGUCCAUCGCAGGCAUCUUUUUACCCAGCGCCUGAUUUCUUUCCCCACCUCCCAAUUUCUGUCAGCUUUUGGAUUUCAUCGGAGAAGGCAGGUCCUCCUGUUGCCCAGGUGUAAGCUCUUCCAAGAGCUUACAAGAGUCCCAGUCCCUCUCCUGGCUGCUGUUUGCUGUCCCUGAACAUGAACUUUGAGCUGACUCAGAGCGCAGGGCUGUUUCUGGGAGAUGAGGACUUCUACCAUGUGCUGAGUUUCAGCACUUUGUCCUGCACGCUAGCACUCCCAGGGGGUGGGAUGAGGGUGCAGGGGUGGGAGUGGGUGGGCGACACAGGAUCAUUACUCCCUCUUCCUGUCCUGCACUCCUGGUGUGGAGGCUCCAUAGAGAAGGGGCUGGAGUCCCCACUCCUUUGCUGUGUAUCCCGGAGCAAGUAACUUAACCUCUCUGUGCCCAAGAGCCUAGUUCUGUAAAAGGAAAGAAUAAAUUCUUC